AUGACAACAACGUUGCUAAGGGAGACAAAUUCCCUUGUAUCAAGCAAAAAGACAGAACACUUUUCAGAGACUCUCAGCACCUUCUACUGCAGUCCUCAGAUCUGCGUCACGAUGGAGAGGAUCUUGUUGGGAGUCUUGGUUCUUUCAGACCUGGUCAUGCUCUCCACCUGCCUCCGUCUUCAGCCUGUCUACCAUUUUGUUAAUCAAUCUCUGAAUUGGACCGAAGCUCAGACCUACUGCAGACAGACCCACACAGACCUGGCAACCAUUCUAAGCUCAGAAGAAAAGAACCGAUUCAUGAGCACUCUUUCAUCUGCUGGUCACAGCUCUGAUGUCUGGUUUGGUCUGUUCAAUGAAAUCGACUGGAAAUGGUCCGAUGGCUUCACGGGGAGCGGAGCCGACUACAGACACUGGAGAACAUCAGUAUAUGAACCUAGUUUCCAUUACGCCGUUGAAUUCUGCGUGAUGUUCCCAGACUAUGCGGAGUGGUAUGAUGUUAGUUGCUCACAGAAUCGCCCAUUUGUGUGCUACAAAGGCUUGCAGGCGGAACCUCAAUUUGUGUUUGUGAAUCUACCAAUGAACUGGUCCAGUGCUCAGAUGUACUGCAGAAACAACUUCAUAGACCUCGCCACCAUAAAAAGUGACACAGACAACCAGAAUGUACAGAGCCAGGUGCCUAGUCCUUACCAUCCAUGGAUUGGUCUCUUUAGAGAUCCCAAUUUUCACUGGUCUGAUGGGAGCGGUGUCGUCUUUACCAGCUGGGAUUCUGUUAUGAAUCCGCUUGGCUCGAUGAGAGUCAUAUGUGGUGUUACAUCUUCUGCAAGAUCAGGAAAUUGGAAGUUUUUGCCCUGUCAGACAAAAUUACCUUUCGUCUGUUAUGGCCCUCCUGUAAUGAAACAGGUUGUGAAGAUAAGACUUCGCACAGACAACUCAGUGGAUCUGAAUGACCCUGUUGUGAGAGAAAACAUCCUGACAAAGCUCAAGAACAGACUGCAAGAAACCGGAGUGAGUGGAUUUACACUGAAGUGGACAAAACAGCCCAAUGGAAGCGUCUUCCGAAAGGAAAUUAAAUACAUAUAG